UCGUCAAUAUGAUAAGCAUUAUAUAUUCAACACAAGGUGGUUGGGGAGAUAAGGUUAGGCUUCAGCUUCACAGCAGCAUUUUCCACCAGGAAAUGCCAUCGAUAGAUAGAGUUGAGAGCCUACAGGGCGAAAGGAAUGUUAGAAGAAUAGAAGCUCUCGGUCAAACAGGUUCAUCCAACUCUGCUAACAUAUCAAAAAAUCCCAAAGCUGUGGCAUCAAAGUUUUCAACGGCUGAAAUGCCAGAGGCUCCAACGGCUCCCACCUACAAUGAAAAGAUGUUAGCAAACUAUGUGCCGGUCUAUGUAAUGCUCGCAUUGGGAGUUGUUUCGAAUGAUAAUGCCUUUGAAGAUAAGACUGGGAUGGAAAAACAGCUCAAGGAGCUGAGAAUAGCAGGCGUUGAUGGGGUAAUGGUAGAUGUCUGGUGGGGGAUUGUGGAAUCAAAGGGCCCUAAACAGUACGAUUGGAGUGCUUACAGGAGCUUGUUCGCACUUGUUCAAGAAUGCGGAUUAAAACUACAAGCCAUAAUGUCAUUCCAUCAAUGUGGUGGCAAUGUAGGAGAUGAAGUUACCAUCCCACUUCCCCAGUGGGUACUUGAAAUCGGAGAAACAGACCCUGACAUCUUCUAUACCAAUAGGAAAGGUAACAGAAACAAGGAGUACUUAACUAUUGGAGUGGAUAUUCAGCCUCUUUUUGAUGGAAGAACUGCUGUCCAGAUGUACAGAGACUACAUGAAGAGCUUCAGGGAGCACAUGUCAGAUUUUCUAGAAGCAGGACUCAUAGUAGACAUUGAAGUAGGCCUUGGUCCUGCGGGGGAGCUAAGAUAUCCCUCUUAUCCAGAAAGUCAAGGAUGGGUUUUCCCUGGUAUUGGAGAAUUUCAGUGUUAUGACAAGUACCUCAAAGCAGAAUUUAAAGAGGCAGCAACAAAUGCAGGCCAUCCUGAAUGGGAAUUGCCUGAUAACGCAGGGGUAUACAAUGACACACCUGGAUCCACAGAGUUCUUUGGAUUGAAUGGGACAUAUCUUACUGAGAAUGGGAAGUUUUUCUUGACCUGGUAUUCCAGCAAGUUGCUCAACCAUGGUGAUGAGAUCCUUGAUGAAGCUAAUAAAGCUUUCUUGGGCUGUAAAGUGAAGUUAGCAGCAAAAGUAGCUGGGAUACACUGGUGGUAUAAAUCUGAUAGUCAUGCUGCAGAACUUACUUCAGGAUAUUACAAUUUGAAAGAUAGAGAUGGAUAUCGACCCAUUGCAAGGAUGCUGUCAAGACAUUACGCUAUAUUCAAUUUUACAUGUCUCGAGAUGAGGAACUCAGAACAAAGAGCUGAUGCCAAAUGUGGGCCUCAGGAACUUGUUCAACAGGUUCUGAGUGGGGGUUGGAGAGAGCACCUUGAAGUUGCAGGAGAGAAUGCAUUAUCAAGGUAUGACAGUAAAGGGUAUAAUCAGAUCCUGUUAAACGCCAGGCCAAAUGGUAUCAACAGAGAGGGUCUGCCAAAGCUGAUGCUGUAUGGGGUCACAUAUCUCCGUUUAUCAGAUGAUCUAUUGAAAGAAAGGAACUUCAACAUAUUUAAGACGUUUGUGAAGAAAAUGCACGCUGAUCAAGAUUACUGUCCAGACCUCGGAAUAUACAAUCACCAAAUAGAUCCAUUGAAGCGGUCGAAGCCAAAGUUUCUGAUGGAGGAUCUUCUGGAAGCAACCAAGCCAAUGGAGCCAUUCCCUUGGGGUAAGCAGACAGACAUGAAGAUUGAUGGUUUUGAUGAUGUGCUUACUACUUUUAUCAGAAAGUUGUUUUCCAUGUUCAAGUGAGACCUGGGUUUCAUGGGGAGAAAACAUAAAUAGCUAAA